GAUAGUAGCGGCAAGUAGUGACAGCGACAGAUGUCUUCGCUUUCACAUUAACAAGCAUUCAGUCGCUCAAUUAACGUCGCCUAAUCAACACCACCGUCUCAAAUUCUAACACUAAAAUGAGCUACGAAGAUGAUGUUGAAAUUAAAGUCGUGCAAGAGGAGAAUCGUGAAGAAAUCAGAGGAAUUUUGAGAAGCUAUUUUUUCACCGAUGAACCGCUGACGGGUUACACAGAACCCAAGGGAGUGGCCUCUGUAUCGGAGGAGGAAUACGUUCUGGACAACAUCAAAUAUGGCGUCUGUGUUAUGGCGGUGUACAAGCCCACAAAUAAAAUUGUGGGUGUCUGUAUGGCCGGACCUCAGGGUGUAGAUGAGGCUGAUCACUUAUUUGAGGAGGCUGCCAAGGAGGGUGACACAAAAUGGGGAAAGAUUUUGAGAAUGUUGGCCUGCAUUGAACGUGACGCAAAGGUUAGCCAACGUUAUGGAGUACAAAAGAUUAGAGAAUCUUUUAUUGGUUUCGAUAACAAAUCUUGUUCUCUUCAAUCCUCUCAUAUGUGGCCACUCAUCGCCCCACUGCUGCGCCAGCAAUCAGUCGUACACGCGAUCACAUCGCAGCAUAACGUUCUCAUUUCACGCAUUCGAUUUCAUUAUCAGCUGUUGUUUGCACGACGACAACAACAAAGCAACUGGAAGCGACCACAACAAAGACGUCAUAAAUUCAACAAACAGCUGGUCAAGCGUCAAGUAACUGGAGGAAAUAUGAGCAACAACACUGGAGAUGAUAUUCGGAUAUGUGUUAUACAAUCGCAGCAACGGCAGCUUGUUUUAGAUUUCCUCCGUAUCCAUUACUACCGUGAAGAACCUUUGACCAUUGGCACAGAACCCAAACAACAAGAUCAGGCCGAUGAAGACUUUAACAUAUCGAACAUAGAUCAUGGAACCUGUUUAAUGGCCACCGAUGCGCAGAGCGAAACAAUUGUUGGAGUGCUGUUGGCUGGUCCCAAAGGACCCGAAGAGGCUGACCACCUAUUUGAAGAAGCCGCCGUGGAGGGUUCCUCGAAAUGGGGAACUAUUUUGAAAUUCUUAGCCUGUGUUGAACGUGAUGCCAAUGUGUGCCAACGUUUUGGGGUACAAAAAGUUCUACAUGCCCAUGUUAUUGGUGUUGACACCAAGGUACGAGGCAAAAAUAUUGGAGGGCGGUUAAUGAGUGAAUUGAAGGUGCUGGGAAAACAAUUGGGAUAUGAACUGUUAACAGCAGACUGCACGAGUUAUUAUUCUGCCAAGAUGUGUGAACGCCUGGGCUGGGAAUGCAUAAAUACCGUGUACUACAAAGACUAUGUCGAUGAGAACAAGAAACCGGUCUUUGUUCUCGACCCGCCACAUGAAUGCUGUAAAACAUUUGCUGUGCGAUUGUGAGAAAUAAAUAAAUCUAAUGUGGUGUAAAUUUUGUAUUGUGUGUAAAUUCAUAUCUUAUCGGGGAGUAUAAUAAAAUUGAGAGUCCAUCAAACGUAAA